CACAAACUGACACGGUAAUAUCCCCGACAAGAUUUGGAGUUUAACUAUGAAUCUCUGGAAAUAUUUAUCAUUCAUACUGAAAGCAUUUGGAAUAAUACAAUCCGCCGCACGAAGCAUAUACUUUAAAAAGCACACUCAAUACCAAGACCUUCUGCCAAUCUGGGAUGUGAUUUUAAAAGACGGAAGAAUGAGUCUUAUCACCUGUGGAAAUAUGUGCGCCUCAGACGAGUUCUGUCAAACUAUUUUUUUCAAAUCGUUAGAAGGGAAGUGUUUCUUGUACAACUAUGCCAUUUUGAAAUACACUCCAAGUAAACCAGAGAGUGGCAUCGAAAUCUACGAAAUUAAAAUCACGUCAAUGGAUGUUAAUUCUGGUUUCAUACUUAACCGGGCAGGCGGGAUUUAUGUAUGGUCUUCUUGGACCGGAAACAUCACAUCCUUUUACGCAAUGACAUCAUGUAAACAACGUGGCGGAUCAUUGAUUUCAUUAGACACGAAUCAGAAAAUAGAGUUCGUGACGAAGUAUAUACGCAAUUCUUAUAAAUUUUCGGCGACAACUAGAAAGAAUUUCCAGAUAGGACUGAACAACACUCAAGGUCCAAAGAAGUACACCUGGAAGUGGACAAAUGGCGCCGUCUUCUUCAAUAAUCUUUCUAUGGCAUUUGGGUUGAAUAAUUUCGAUGACAAUAUGCGAAUUUGUCCAGUUGGUCACUGUUGUGUAAUGCAAGUGAAAAAUAGCUCAGUGGGGGCAUACGAUAACUGCUGUCUUAAGGUUGCCUUUUACUAUAUAUGUUCGAAAGAUAUCAGUGCACUGGCACAAAUAUAACAUGUCGAUUUCACAAAAAUACUUUGGAAAAAUGAAACAUGUAAGCAAGAGUUAUAUUUAGAACUCGGUGCAAAAUACUCUUUUUCUUCGUGCAGCCAUCUACAUGUAAAUCGAGACAGCUGUAGUGUGGUCCCCUUCCCACAAUUUCUGUCUCGAUAAAAUACUUUUACUUGUCCUUAAACAUCAAUACUUCAUACUUAGGAGGACAAUUACUAGUACAAUAUGGAUGACAAACAAGAUGGAUGAUAUUAACAAGACAUUUACACUGGACCUUGAUAUUGCCCGCAUCAUACUCUUGCACUUAUUAUUAUUGCCCCCUUAGAAGAAAAUCAAACUUCGAAGGGAGACUUGGUAAAAAAAAAAAAAAAAGGGGGGGGGGAGAAAGCAAUAUAUACCCAUUAGUGUGAAUUGUUUUUCUCAUUCAUAUCCCAUCACAUUCUUCUUCAUGUCAACAUAUAUGUUGAAUGACAUUUAUGUUGCAUGUUAACAUAAUUAUUGGGCAUGUCGACAUAACCUAUAGAAAAAUAAUUUAUAUUUAGAGGCAGAAGUAGAAAGAGUGACGUAGUAACGAGUUGUGCUCAAAUAGCAUGCAUUCAGCUUCCUGAAAUGUCAAUUUUUAACAGGACUUUAUCCAUUAAUACAUGUACUAUAAUUCAUGUAUUUGUAAAUUACAUUAUGUAUUAGUAUUAACACUAAUAUAUUAGUGCAUGUACAUUUUUUAUGAGGUUUCUUGAAGUUUUUCUUGUAAAGUUUUUAUUUCUCAUUUUCAUUCUGAUCAGUAGUAGGCCUAACGUCUUCUUUCAGAGAAUUCAUGUUUCUGUAUUAAUACGGAUGUAGAAUGGGGUUUUCCCUUGUGUACAUUUAUCCAUGACAUGUACAGAGAUAGUUUUCGUAAGUAUAUUGUUAUAUCAUCGUGUUGAUGAAAUUAUGACGAUUUUGACUGGCUGAUAAAUUCGUUUGAUUUCUCCAUGAAAGAACUUAUUCCCACUUCAUGUUGUGUAUUGAUACCUUGGUUCGUAUGAAUUUGAAAAAAAAAAACAUAUGUUCAAUUAUUUAAACUCAUGUGUUUUAAAAAAUUUUAAAUGAUAAUUAAAUGAUCAGAAAUGAAUCUUAUUAUUUUUUCUUGAUGACGGCCCGGUAUCAUAGGAAAAAUUGGACGGAAAACAAGUUUGGCCCCAUCCUGGAGUCAGAAGCUGAGACUACUACCCCAGGGAAUUUUACAAUUAUAGUAGAUGCUUUACUGAUCUACAUGACUAUGGAAUUAGUUUUUCUUUCAGAUGUGAGG